AUGUUCAAGCCAACCUCUCCCGUAAUGGGAGGUCUGCUAUGGAAAAUCCCCUGGCGCCUCUCCUCAAUGCAAAAGGCCCGGCAACGCAAGCGCCUACGAGCCGUUGAUCAAGUCGUCGACACCGUGAGUGCCGCGUUGAAGCGCAAUGGCGGAGUGACCACCAAGGCCGUCGAGCGAUGGUACAAGGAGAUGCCGAGAGAGGAGGAGAUGUUGCCAAAGGACAAGUAUACGAUUUUCGACCGCAAGGAGAAGAAGUAUCGGAAGGGAAUACACAAGCUUCCAAAAUGGACAAGAGUUAGCCAGAGAGUCAACCCUCCUGGUUUUUAG